CAUGUUUAAUUCUCUUUUUAACAUCCAUCAGCUUUCAUGAUUCAUUUCCUACACCCAACCCGAUUCCAAUCGAUCAAUCUCCACCCUCCAUUUCAAAAUCUCUAUCGAUCGAGGUACUUCACCUAACACAAAUACCCUCUCUACCUUCCUUGCUUUGUAGCCAAACGAAAAUCGCAACCAAGAACUUCCCACAAACUCAAUCGUAAUCUCCAUCAAGCAAGCGACAUUACAUCGCAAGUAUCUGAGUUCUUGUGUUUCUCUCUUCCUCCCUCUGAAACCCUAACGGAACAAGAAUUAUUUCUGGCACAAGAUGAAAAUGGAGGCAAAAAAGAUAUGCCUUCUGGUAAUAGGUAUGCUGUUUGUAAUCCUUUCGAUCGCCAAUGCUGAUUCUUCUGUGCCAGUAUUGGUGAAGAAGGUGAAGGGGAAGAAAGUAUGUGAUAAAGGCUGGGAAUGUAAAGGCUGGUCGGAAUAUUGUUGUAACCUUACAAUUUCCGACUAUUUCGACACCUACCAGUUUGAAGAACUGUUUGCAAAGAGAAAUUCUCCGGUGGCUCAUGCCGCCGGUUUCUGGGAUUACAAGUCUUUUAUCACAGCCUCUGCCCUUUAUCAGCCCCAUGGAUUUGGUACAACCGGCAACAAGACUACUCAGAUGAAGGAGGUUGCAGCAUUUCUUGGCCAUGUUGGCAGCCAAACUUCUUGUGGGUAUGGAGUGGCAACCGGAGGACCGACAGCAUGGGGAUUAUGCUACAACAAAGAAAUGAGUCCAAGCCAAGAUUAUUGUGAUGAUUAUUACAAGUACACUUACCCUUGUGCCCCUGGAGCUGGAUACUAUGGCCGCGGUGCUUUGCCCAUCUAUUGGCAAUACAACUAUGGUAAAAUCGGUGAAGCCCUGAAAGUAGACCUUUUGAAUCACCCUGAAUACAUCGAGCAGAAUGCCACCUUGGCCUUCCAGGCUGCAAUUUACAGGUGGUUAACCCCGAUGAAGAAGGGUCAGCCCUCGGCCCAUGAGGCACUUGUGGGCACCUGGAAACCCACCAAAAACGAUACUUCAGCCAAGAGAUUCCCAGGAUUCGGUACCACCAUGAAUGUCCUUUAUGGUGAUCGCACUUGUGGGAAAGGGGACAAUGAUGAUAUGAACGCCAUCGUCUCCCAUUACCUGUAUUAUCUUGAUUUGAUGGGUGUUGGCCGUGAGGAAGGUGGACCCCAUGAUGUGCUGACUUGUGCCGAGCAAGAACCGUUCAAUCCAUCGGCUCCUACCCAAGCAUCUUCAAGGUAAGUGUGUUUUAACGCCAUGGGAUCGUUAUAAAAGGUGUUUGCUGUGAGAUUUGCAACUCCAAAGCUAUAAUAGCGUGAAAGCUCGUUACAUUUGUGGGAUGGUUUCUGUGUCGCUCCUCUGUUUAUAGAUUCAAAUUCAGACUUGUCUGUAUGGCGUGUUCUAUGUAGUUUGUGAAUUUUGGUGUUUUAUGAACUACAGACAUCGAUGUUAUAAAGAGAAUAUAUCGGUAUAUAUUGGUUACAC